UCGUCCUUAUUUUGCACCAGAAAAAAAGCAACAUCCUUAACAUGGUCUUUCACUCAGGACAGAGAUUAAUUUCAGGCCCCUUCUGCAGGACAUUCUGCUUCUGGGAACUGUCAACUUCUCAUUGGCGUCCCCUACACCCCUCAUCACCAGAGGCAAAAGUCCUAUUAGCUCCCUUCUCAAACUCUUCUGUUUAGUAAUAUUUUAGCAAACAAAGCACUUUUUUUUAAAAUAAGGCUAAUAGGUUUAAAAGAUGACUAAUAUAAUGCAUAUGCACAUAAUAUAUUUUGUUCUUCAAAGGUAUGAGCUAGAACUCAUGCAGAGUAACAAUGGUGAGAUGGAUGUAAAUAGUCUGACAAGAGUUUUGGAAGGACUUAAUGGAGAUAAUUGUGAACUGGAAAUUCAUGUCCAAAGACUUCAAGAAGAAAAGAAUAGUCUUAAGAUGAACAGUGAGGAGGAGAUAGAAUCUCUUCUCUCCCAGCUGGGGGCUAGAAUUAAUGUGGAAUUGAAUGCUGCACCAUCCAUUGACUUAAAUCAAGCUUUGUCUGAGAUCCGAGAGGAAUAUGAAAACUUAAUGGAAAUAAAUCUUACAGAAGUAGAAGAUAUGUUCCUCAAAAUGAGUGAGGAGCUCAGUAAUGAGGUAGCUUCUAGCUCAGAAGCACUCCAGUCCGUGGAAACUGAGAUUAUUGAAAUGAAACGUUGUGUGCAGGCACUCGAAAUUGAUCUACAAAGUGAACUGAGUCUGAAAUCAGCACUGGAGGGUACUUUGGCUGAAACUGAAGCUACUUUUGGAUCCAAGCUUGCUGAAUUACAGUGCUUGAUCAAUAAUAUGGAAUCUGAGCUUGCCACAAUCCGAUCGAAUCUAGAACGUCAGAACUAUGAAUACAAGGUUCUCAUGGACCAGAAGAACCACUUGGAGAUGGAGAUUGCUACAUAUAAGCGCUUACUGGAUGGCCAUGAUAUUGAUAUUUCUGGACAUAACAUGUCACAUGGGAAGAAUGGUCACCAUAUUGGAAGCUACCAAUACUUAAAACACCAUAUUGGAGAACAACAUUCCUCUGGUCACCACCAUGGAAGUCACCAUUCCUUAGGACACAAAAGUGGAGGACAUCACUAUUCAAGCCACUAUAAGUGUUAUUAAGUGCCUUUAUGAAACCACCUAACAAAGUAAAAGAUUAUGUUCAACUUUCUCCCAAUUAUAUUGCUACAUUUGCUAUCUAUCAUAUUUAUGUAUUAUGUAUCCUUCACUAUCCUUGCUUUAUCAAUAAUUAUAGAUGGCCAAAAGAAAGUGAUAACAAAUCCAAUGGUUUUGGGUACUACAUCUUCAUGAAACAUAAGAAAGAAGGGGAGGUAAAUCCUGAGAUGGGUUUAUGGGGUUGAUAUUUUACUUGUAGGCCACAAUGGCUUUAAUAUAAGCUCCUUGCCCUUUAACUGUGUUCAACAUAUCACCUCCCAUUUCGAUGUUUCACAUUCAUGAUUUGGCUUCUGAAGUGAUAUGUUUGGUGUAUGCAUUACAUUCCCCAGAUGUCUUUCAAUCAGAUACGAAAGAUUGAAAAAUAUGCAAAAGGCACAAGGGUGUAAAAUGCAAAAGACAUUUAAAAUGGGGGCAACUCUAGAAAAAUAUCUAGAGAGUAACUUGGAGAAGAGUUUAAGGGAAACACAAUUGGAAAGAAUUGUGACGAAUGCAUUGCUUAUUCAAUGUUUCAGGAAAGCUUUAGAUUUAUAUAGGGACACCAUUGAGAAACUAGGAUGCUGGUCAAUCUUCUAAAAGUGAAAGUGAAAGUAGCCUUUAAAAAGGUUGCAUGAUAUAAGAAAAGAUGGUCUCCCUUUUCAUUACAGAUACAGCGUCACUCCUGCCCAUGGCCCAAUCCAGUAUUGCUGCUUAGUCCCAAUCAAGUGAACUGGUCUUAACGGCUAUACCAAACUUAAGUGGGGUGGCACUGUUUCUAGAAAAAAAGAUCCAUUUUUUUAAUAUGAAACAAGCCCCUAAUUUGGGGAUUAGUUUUGCUAGAACAUGAAAACGAAGGUUUAAGUUCAGAGAAAGAGGUGUUGAGCAACAUAUUUUUAGAGGAUGGCUGUAAAAAGGCAUUCAACAAUUGAAAAAAAUUGCUCAACCAAAAGUGUUUGAAGAGUCACUAGCAAAUCAUUUUCAUGUGCCCCUUUAAAGGGGUUGUCUGCUUUCUAUUGACAUCCUGGCACCCCCACAGACAAGCUGUUUGUAGAGUAGGCACUGCUUGUAUGAGCACUGCCUUCUCUGCUCUGUAGUAUUCACUUGAACAGACAGAGUCAUCCCAUAGAAGUGAAUGGA